CUAUCACAUCACAACCUUGCAGCCAUUCGUUAUAGAUGGCGAUAGAUCGUCACUUUUGAAACCCCAAUACUGUUGGCUACGAAUACAGCAUGGCCUCUCAUUUUCAAAUGCAGAAGCCAUAUGUGCUGGCUUCAUUACCUCGACCUCUUGACCCUACGACGGGCCGAUAUGUUGUUAGCGAAGUCUACGGAUCUGCGCCCGGGUCGAGGAAGAGAAAGCGCCAUGAGUUAGCAGUGGGAAUUGAUGGAGAAGCAGUGAAUAUCUACAAUGUAUCUUCAGCUAGACUCGUCACAUCAUACCCAGUUCCUCCUCAGUCAAUCUUUUCGUGCUCUGUAGCUUCCAUUCGGCGCAAGGUAGAGGGAACACAAGAGGUUUCUAGACACACGUAUGCGGCGACGAGAGAAUCUCACGAGUACAAGGUCACUCUAUUCAAGGACUCUGUGGAUGCUUCUGGUAACACUGGUUCUGUCACUAAAUCGAUAUCCUUGAGUGCGGGUCGGCCAGUUAUAUGUGUUGCUCCUAUCGCUGCGCCAAUUGGACAAGGACUGGCUAACAGUCGAACAUUGGAUAACGAGCUCCUGAUUGUGAGGGAGGAUGGCGAGGUUAUUUGCCUCGAUCCCGAUACUCUAGAGAGAAGAUGGAUUUCGUCUCCCGCAGUUCUACAACAGGAUCUCCCUACAGCUUCAAAACGCGAUUUCAACAUCGUUUCUUGCCACCCUGUGUUUCUAUCUGAUCUUGUACAGGGCGUAUUCAAAGGUAGCGACGAGGCUUCUAGUCUCUUCUCCGAGAUUAAACAAGACAUGAAUACGGAUGCCGAGGUUCUGGUGCUCAUAUCGAAUCACGAGUUAGAUGGACAGCAGAGCCGCCGGCUCCAUGUUCUAUCAAUAAUUCCGCCCUCCUAUGGUUCUGUCAGCUCCCAUCAACAAGGAGUUGUUCAGCUACAUGCUGUGCCUAUCCCAACUUCUGCGCAAGAAUCGGGUAUCGCUUCAUACCGCCUCGAUAUUCGGUCUGGGAGCCUGCUGGAAUUUCGUGGACAGACGUUUAAUAUGUAUGACUUAGCGGCAAGUCUCCCUAAAAUCACGUCGACCAUGCAAUUGAGUGACACAACGUCCUUCCUGCGCCUCAGCAAAACUUCACUUCUCUGUUCCACUCCCAACCACCUGAGUAUCUAUAAUCCGAUCUACCGGUCUUUCCAGAAUUCCGUAUGUAUCGAUUCCGAUACCCAGGAUGCCCCAAGCACUGGCCCAAAGCCAACAGCCUGCUUGCUUGCUGCUUAUUUUUCCCGUUUGGAACUUGCCGUUGCGAUUGUCGACACCAACCUAGUUGCCAUUCAACUAGAGGCGCCCAUUUUGCGAACGAGAAAGCGACGCGCCGAAGGUCUCUUGAUCGACUCCAUCGGGCGUGGCCUGCAGCUACCCAAAAGACACUCAAUUCAAGCAACAUCCCCCUCGGGUGAAGAGACGAAAACAUCAACCUUUUCCAAUUAUCUCCCAGGUUCUAUCAGAGGCGAUUAUUGGGAGUCGUGGACUGCAGAUGAAGCGAGAGCCGACGCUUUCCUCAAUGCGAAUGAUAUUCGUAGCCUCGAAUUAAUGUUAGCUCAAAAAUUCUCUAUCCAAGUCCAAGAUGCAGUUCAAGCACCGGGCGGCGUAGAUGGAGCAGAAGGAGUGUCGAACCUACCAAAAGGUUCGCUAACUUGGAUAUGGCCGAAGACCCGCGCGGGAUAUCCUCCUGUAGACCGGAGAUGGAUUAUAUACGCUAUCAGCCGGGCCUUCCAAUGGAAUCACUCUUUCCCAGAUGACUCGACAGUGCCUCGGCUUAUCUGUCAGCUACCGCAGAGCGAUAUUGUCAGCUACCUUGUCGAUGCUGGGCACCUGACGCUUUCGAACGUGAGGUCCGGCUUCCGAGGAGUAAUCAGGGAUAACGAAAAGACCGAUUCAUUCUUAGCUGAACAGAUUGUGCUCCGACUUGCAGAUGUUGAUCCUACUCUAGAACUUCUGGUCGCCUAUAUUUCUGCUACGAAUCUUGGGGCGAUGGAGCUACUCAUCGCCGUGCGGACAAUUAUGAGAAGUCUCGAGCUAGUCCAAGACCCGAAGAAACCGCCACCGAAGCUACUUACCAAUGGAUUGACCGAAGAGAUAUUGGUAAACGGAGACGGAGACGGAGACGGAGAUGGAGAUUUCGAGUUGAAUAACAUUGGCAUGGAACUAGACAACCUGGAGGAUGAAAUACAAAAGACGGUGUCUUAUCUAGAUGAAGACGCAGGUAUUCGCGGCUCUGGAUUGAGCGCGGCUUUCGCAAAGCUUGGCAAUUGUCCUAACAUCUCGAUGAUCAAAGCCCUACGAGCCACGUUCAAACCAGAAGAGAUCUUAUCUCUGAUCUAUCUCCUCCGCGUCGAGUUGGUGAGGGGCGCGUGGACAUCUCGCUAUCUAGAUACAACCGAAUUCGAGAGAGAUUCUACCCUCGACGCCCCACCCGACGGCAUCAUCAAGCUCAUCGCAGAUCUCCUUGGACGCUGCGUAGACUCCAUCGGACCUGGCGGCUGGCUUCUGAACGAUGCUGUGUUAGCAGCUGACGAAACGGGCGAUUUCGUCGCUUCUCUCAAGCUUGAAGUCAGCGCAGCUUUAGAAGGAUUAGAAGAAGCUGUCUACCUCCGUGGCAUUAUUGGUGAGGCGGUAAGAUACUGCGAGGCGUCGAAGAAAGCUAAGGUCGAAGGCGCCAUGGACAAAAUGAAGCCAAUCUCAUUGCACGUGAAAGAACCCGGUGCCCAAGCAUUGCCUCUGGGGCUCAAGGCGAAGGGCGGAAUUUCUACACAUAAGAUUGUAUCUGGUGGUGAGCUAGUGGACAGGUCUCAAAGGGAAACUGGCCAUCUCAGGAGUCAGCAAGUCGGGCAAUACUCAUUGGAGAGGAUUGCAAUAUGAGGCGCAUCCAAGGGGUGACAUCGUGGAUUUCCAGCUACGCUUGGUGUUUCCAAGAGUUAUAGACAAUAUCUAUCCACCUAGGCACUUGGGCCAUCCCGGGCGCUCAGCAUAAUUUUCGUACAGCCUUCCCUGCCAUCAAGACUUUCAUUUAAAACCAGUGAUGAGAUUAUUCAGUAGAGCCUUGUAGCUGUUCUUCACGGGAUAUCCAAGACCCCGGGAACACUUCAAGUAAACGCUGUUUGCAUAGAUGGAAGCAUCACAACAUCAUAUCUACAUCGAUACGCUUCAAGUAUACCGCACUUCUGAAGUGUUUGUGUUGCUGAACUGUCUGCAGUAUUCCUCGGUUCACACGCCUACCCCUAAUCAAUGAGGCACAAUCCAAGCCGCUUCUCAGACUCGACCUUAGUGUUCAUUGGACUAUCUUAGUUGUCACAACCAUCUAGCCUAGUUCUA